AGCAGUGAGAUGAUAGUGUUGCAUAAUGAAUUACUACUCGUCAGUAAGAUAACUUCCAAGCAAUAUUAUAUCUAGGUCUUCUCACCCACCUAUGCAUACACCUCAGCCAAAAAAAUGUAGUACAUAUAUAUAUCUGUGUGUGUGUGUGUAAUGUGUUAGAUUAAAGUUCAUUGACAGAACACAACUCGAAGCAUUCGGAAUGGUACAAGUCGCAGUGGUAACAGGGAGUAACAAAGGGAUUGGCUAUGCCAUUGUCAGAGACCUGUGUGGGAAGUUCAAAGGAGAUGUGACAGCAACAGCUCGUGAUGUUGGGCGUGGUGAAGCAGCUACUGCAAGACUUAACAAAGAAGGAUGUCACUCCAAAUUCCAUCAACUCGACAUCACAGACUCUAAAAGUAUUUCUGCUUUAGCAAAAUAUUUGAAAGAAACUUAUGGAGGUGUGGAUAUUCUCGUUAACAAUGCUGCUAUUCUUUAUCAGUCUGCAAUUUCUUUUCUAGGAAGAUUCAACAGUGAGCAAGUAGAGGAGACAUUAAGAUGUAACUUUACUGCAACUUUGAAUGUCUGUCAGGAAAUCUUUCCACUGUUGCGUCCUCAUGCCAGAGUGGUUAAUAUUUCCAGUAACUCCGGUGUGACAGCACUUGAGAGAUGUUCGAAAGAGCUGAGAGAAAAAUUCACCUCUAAAGCUUUGACUAUGACUCAGCUGGUAAAUUUGAUGGCUCAGUACGUAACUGAUGUAAAAAACGGUGAUUAUAAAGCAAAGGGUUGGCCUUCAUUUUAUUAUGCUGCAUAUGGUGUUUCUAAGAUUGGAGUAACAAACAUGUCAAUUAUUCAACAGAAAGUUCUUGACGGUGAAGGCAAAGAAGACAUUGUUGUCAAUGCAUGCUGUCCUGGUUAUGUUAGCACUGAUAUGACUAAUCACCUAGGACCAAGAACUAUUGAGGAAGGCGCCGACACACCAGUCUAUCUUGCUUUACUGCCUCCAAAUGUUAAAGAGCCUCGUGGUCAGUUUGUAGUGGAUCGUCAAAUCCGUGAAUGGAAAUAAACACGACAUACAUAAAUGAAUAAAGAUAUUUUGUUCUGUUGAAACUACAAAACAAUAAUUAACUUUAAAUGAAAAACUUUCAAAAUUUAAUUAUCUGAUGUAACUAAAUAAAUAUUUCCAGUAUAAUUGAA